UCUCUAUUCCUCCAGGGUAAUGCGUCGCCCCAGGAAUUUUCUGUCUCAAACCGAGGGGGUGACUGGUAAGAAGUUUCUUUCCCGCCAGUCGAGUCCAGUAGUUUGUGCCAGAUGCCAAAUCAGUUUUCAAGAUGGCGGCGAAACGAGAAAUUUGAACAUGGCUCUCGAAUCGACCUCAAACCAGGAGAAAAAAGACAUUUUUAAGGACGUCAGAUUCUUCCUAGCUGAAGAAAACAAUGAAGAGGUGAAGCAAGUCUUGAAAUCUGGCGGUGCGGCACGUGAGUUUUACAUCAGUGACCUUGUGACUCACGUCAUUGCCACAGAUACCAGUUUCCCUCAGUUUGGUGAAGCCAAGGAAUGUAACUUGACAAUUGUGCAGGUACUCUUUUUCUGUUUGUUGGUUUUUAAAACAUCUGAGGAGCUUUACUUGCCCUUAUUAAGGCUAGGAGGCACACAACUUUUUUUCUUUCUUUUUGGCUCAACAUUUUGCAUUCUUAGGCCUAUUCCAAAUGUCGUGCUACUGCUGUGAUGAACUAAAUUCAAGAAUUAAAUUUGACUUAAGCAUGGCAGUAACACAACAUUUGAAACCACUCAGUUCAGCAGGCUGAAUUAAGUUUGGCACGACUAGUUAGCACAGCAGGCCUUGCUGUGCCAUACGGCAGUAGAACAACUUGGCUUCAAACGGCAUACUCAUGCUGUUUCAAACUGAGUUCAUAGCCUUCUGCAUCAGCUGCCAUUGCUCUCUAGUAUUUAAAAUAGUCUUCAGCAAAGCAAAUUUCUUCUGAUCCUUGGCGUGACUGAAUUAAAUUUGACAUUUGAAACCACUGCCAUUCUUUUGUCAUGCCAUUGCUGGGCCAAAUUCGUUUGAGUUCGGCACUGCAGUAGCACGACAUUUGGAACAGUUCUAGCAUGAUUUGAAACAAGGGAAAAGUAAAUUCAAUAAUUUGUUAUAUAGCUGGAGUUUAGUUCAAUCUAACACAUACAUUCUAUUUGACAAAAAAAAAAUAGUAAAUUUUUGAUUUGACGACAAAAUACUCUCUCUUUUAAUCAAUAUUCAGUCAGUUAAUUUUCAGUCAAGUGCCCAAUU